UUGUUCACCAUUCCAUGAACACUCACUUUUUUGCUGCUUCUUGUAUGUUUUGAAGCUCCUGGAGUGACAUCAUUCCUCCCACUUUUAUUAAAAGGGGACUUUAUUCAGCCAGGGCUGAAGUAGACAUAAGACAGGCAUGGUUAGGAAUACUGCAUCCCAUUCCGCUGAUCCAGAAUAGAUAAAAAUGCUUUUUUCUGGGCAAAAGAGACAAGAGAUUAUCUCAUUUUGUCUUUAGUUUCUUUAAACGCUUUUCCAUUUGCCUCGUGAUUGAAGCACAAGGAUGCAACAGCGUAUGUCGAUCUUUCUGCCAGUUGCAAGGAAGAAUCCUCUUCAACCAUCAGGGGAUGCAGAUUUCCUAUCUAUGCUGAAAUGUUAUGGCUUGGAAAAAUAGUUUUUCAUGGACAUGGAUUCGCAAAAGUGGCUUGUGGGCAGAACUAGCCACUGAAAUUAUUUUUCUGCUUUCUUCCUGGUCGUUGCCAAAUGAUCCACUAUGGAGGCCCAUGAAGACAUUAACCAGACAACCCACGCUUUGGGAAGGUCUAAAAGGAACUUGACAUAUUCCUCUUAUUAUCAGCACUCGCUGCCAGUCGCUGCCAGCUACACGGUCGCCUACCUGCUCAUCUUCAUCUUCUGCAUGCUUGGGAAUGGCCUUGUUUGCUUCAUCAUUGUGAGAAACAGACAGAUGAGGACAGUCACCAACUUGUUUAUUCUCAACCUGGCCAUCAGUGAUUUGUUGGUGGGCAUUUUCUGUGUUCCCACGACACUCGUGGAUAAUUUGAUCACAGGAUGGCCCUUCAGCAACAGCAUCUGCAAGCUGAGUGGCCUGGCCCAAGGCAUGUCAAUUUCAUCAUCCAUCUUCACGCUGGUGGCGAUCGCAGUGGAUAGGUUCCGCUGCAUUGUCUAUCCAUUUAAACCCAAGCUCACCUUCAUGCAGGCGCUCAAUGUCAUUGGCAUCAUUUGGAUCCUGGCAAUUACCAUCAUGUGUCCCUCUGCUGUCAUGCUCACCGUGGCUCAGCAGGAGGGUAGCUACUUGGUCCGUGGUGACAACCAGAGCCUGGUGUACCCCUUGUAUUUCUGCUAUGAGGCCUGGCCAGAGAGUGAAAUGCACACGAUCUACACCACUGUGCUUUUUGUCCACAUCUAUGUGGCUCCAUUGAGCUUCAUAGUGUUCAUGUAUGGCAGGAUUGGAUUUAAGCUCUACAUGUCCUCUGGUCCAGUAAGCCAGCACCAAGUGAUAGGUAAAGCUCAGUGCAGCACAGUGGUUUCUAAGCAGAAGCUGAAGGUCAUUAAAAUGCUUGUCCUUGUGACACUGCUGUUCAUGCUCUCCUGGUUGCCCUUGUGGACCCUGAUGCUGGUCACAGACUAUACAAACUUGGACGAGCAGGACAUCAACCUUUUAGCUAGCUAUGUGUUCCCUUUUGCGCACUGGCUAGCCUUCUCUAACAGCAGUGUCAACCCCAUCAUCUAUGGUUACUUCAAUGAAAACUUCAAGAAGGGCUUUCGAGCAGCUUUAAGACUUCAGAGCUGCUCCAGGAAAAUGGUUCCUCGAGAAAUAUAUGCUGAGAAGACAACUGUGAGUACCAGUGGCUUUGGUGCCAGAAAUAAAAUCUUCACCAGUGGAGAGUCUUCUGAUUCAAUCUCCUUGAAGAAUUUGCAUCCUAAAGCUCCUUGUGGUCCAUCGAUUGAAGAUGAUUAGAGAGCAGGGUUCUAUGUGAUACUGAACCCUUGAACAAAGCCUGCAAAGCUUGAGAAAGAUUAAUCAGCAGAGAUUAGCUAAGACCUUUAGCUAAGAGGAGAUUCAUGAUCAAAUGAGAACAUCAAGAUCCAUAAUUUGUGUGGGUUGUUUAUAUUUGGGGGCCUCCGAAUACUGGAAGCAGAAAUAUGUUUGCUUGUGUGCAUGUCAAAAUAAUAAUAAUAAUAACAAUACUUUAUUUAUAUCCCACCCUAUCUCUCCAAGGAGAUUCAGGGUGGAUUACAGUACACAUACAUGGCAAACAUUCAAUGCCGUUUGGAGACAGGACAGAACAAGACAGACAGAAGGAGGUAUGUAAUCUUGAAGUCCAGUUUUUUGGUGCCUUGAAGGCUGCGGUUACACUGAGACUGAGUUGUAAGUCCCAACAAAACUGAAUAUUUUGUGAAAUGUACUGUAUAUGGGCUUAUAAUACAUCAUGCGUUGAUUGGUUUGCUAUUGCAAUGGUAAAUUGAGAUUUUCAUAUGGAUUUUAUUCUAUUCAUGUAAGGUCCUCAUGAAUCUAGCUACUUUAGAGUUUUAGUUAAUGGGGAUGGAGAUCUUUUCUCUUCCGUUGUGUUAUUUUUCUGACCCAUUUCAUGGUGCAUUGAAAUUUUGGAUUUCUCUAGUGACAUUUAAAAGCAGUAUGUUCUUCUGUUAUGUUGGUUAAAAUUGUUCUGCAUUUUAAAUAUUGUAUUGUUCUUUCUGUCACUUUUUUGAACUGCAAAAAAGAUAUGUGCAGUGUGCAGAAAAAAUUAUAAAUAGGAAUAUAUAAAUACCGCAAAUAAAAUAAUAAAUAAAUUUG